UCUUUUUGACUUACUUCAUUCUGUAUAACAGUCUCUAGGUUCAUUCACCUCACUUCCUGUACAAAUAAUAUUGAAGAGCUUAAAGUUUGCGAUUAAGCUAUAACUUCAAUCAAUGAAUUUCAUAUAUGGAAUACAAAAAUAGAACUCCAUUUUUAAGUUUUUUUUUAUAAAAGAUCUGACAUCAAUAUAAAGAACUUUAAGUUAAACCUUAAACUUACAACUUCACAUUUGUAAUUGCCAAUAAUGACUACUCAGCAUUUUCACAGAGACAGCAAAGCAUUAUUGUUUCCAGUCUUUUAAACCUUAAGGAAAACAUGGUAAUUGAAAAAAGAUUUUAAAUGCAGGUAAACUGACCAGAAUCAUAACUUCAAGUAAUUCCACCACUCAUUGUCAGAGUGGACUUUUUGGUAGAGUCCUGUAUCUCUUUGGUUGUUAGUUUUUCUUUUUUUUUUUUCAUUUUUUAUUUGAAAAUGAGGAUUAUAGCACACAGCCUGCCUACUCAGUAGGUUGUUGAGAAGAUCAACCAUGAUUAUAUAUGCAAUGGAUUUUGUAAAAUCUUGCAUUGCUUGUGUAUAUAAAUAGCAUCAUUGAUUAUAAUUCACAUUUCAGUCUUUUGAAAGAAAGCUUUAUAUCAGUGUGGGAAGGGUCCCAGUGCAACUGGACAUGUCUUCUGUGUUCCUCCAGUUCUAUAAACCUUGUACUCAACAAGUGACAUGCUGUCAAGCUCACAAAUUGCAUUUCAGGGAAAAAGCUCAGGACUGACCUUGUGUAUACUUUCCUGGUCCAUCUGUAUCCAGCACGGGCAAACUUUUCUCGGAACUGUUUAGCUAAGCAGUAGCUGUUGGUCACACCUCCUGCUUUCUGUUUUUCAGGCCCCAAAGGGUCAAGGUUGGAGUUCUUUCACUGGGGCAGGAAGCAAGGCUCAUGCAGCUUCACUGGCCACAUUCUGCUACACCGUGGAGCUGGUGCCCUUGGGGGACCAGUGCGUUGCUAGAGGCCAGAUAUUGUGUGUUCUUUCUCCUCUUUCUGCAAAUAAACACUGACCUACUGAGGCCUGCUGCGCUGCUGUUUGACUCUGGGGCCUCGUACACUUGUCUCUUCCCCAGAUGGCACUUCUCUGCCUUUCAACCCGGGCUGCACUUGUUAUGUUCUGUCCUGGGGCACAACCUGACCACUCUGUGAAACUACAGCAUUUUAUUUAUCAUCAUUCUGGAGGUAUUUUUAUACAGUCUGUGCUACAACUUCUCUGUAUUGUUGCAGAUAAAGUAGAUAUUCAAGUAAUUUUUUUCGGGAGCAAAAAUAAAUCCUAUCUCAUUUUGAUAGAAACCAGCCUUUGUAGUUUUGCAUUAAUUCCUACUGAUGACAUGAGAGAGAAAUGGCAGUUUUGCUUCUGAAAGCAGACUUGGCUUUGUGAAAAGAGCUUUGGUUUGCCAAACCAAAGGAUAUGUGUGGAGGACUGGUGAGAUAUGAGGUUUGUUUGGUGUUCAGGAAUAGUUUUGUAUUUCUGAAUUUUGCCUGUGUAAUGAGUGACAUAUAAGUAAAAGAAAACAAGAUGAAGGUCAAGGGGACUGAAAAGUUGGAGGAAUAUGAAAUGACCCACUUUGCUUUCUUCAUUUUCAUACCUCCCUCGGUUGCUUAAAAACAUCUAUGUUGAGUAACAUGGGUACAAAAACACACAAUCACUGCUCUAUUUGAUUUUUACUUCAAAAUAGUGAUAAGUUGAUGUGGUUGUGAAUAAUAGCUAUGACUGGGGGUAAGUGACAGAAUCUCCCAACGAGAAGGCUCUUUGUGAAUUAUUUUAACAACCCAUUGCUAGUUGCUUCUCUACACCAUUGAUUUAUGAAGAGAUAGAUGAGUUGCUUGCCCUCUGUUUGCCAUAGACAUAUCUAUAGAGUUUGUCUAUGUGAGUAGAUUGGGAGUAUUAAAGAUAGUUCAGGAACUGUAGAAACUGUACCAAGAAGAGGAAGAACUAAUUGCAUAACAAACAUCAGGAGUCACAUUUAAUAACCUGGCAUAGAGGUUUCAAUAGAAAAGCGAUGGAUUACCCAACAGUCUCAAGAGGAGAAUUUGCUGUUGAGCAGACAUCUCUCUUCUUCUGGGAGAGUGAAUGUUAGGCUAAUAAGAAUAAUUAUAAUAUUCUGAUAAUGAGGCAUAAUAUCAUAACUAGUAAACCCAGUGGGAUUUUGUGUGCCAAGGGUUUAUUUAUAAUGGAGAUGAAAAAAGAAGCCCUGUGGGGAGAAAUUAAGGAUGAGAAAGCAAAAUGACAGAGACUGGAUCUCCAUAUUACCUGGUAGAGACACUUCAAGAACUGCUCAGUCUCGGGGAGGAGGGAUUGCCUGAGGACACCGUCGCUUUACCUUGAGGGAGGGCAGAAGUUUCCAUUAUAAGGGAUCUGGGCAAGUUUACAGAAGACAAAAUAUUCCUCCAGGGAUAGAAGGAGCCCCUGCAGCCUGAGGUGACUUCAGUUUGCUAAGCAGCAGCUUCUCCUGGCAUGAGCCACUGCAGAUCUCCUCAUCAGACGGGCUGAGACCAUCCUAUGUGCCCUGCACCUGGAGUAAGGAGAACACAGCAAGAGUUUAGAGGAAGAUUGAUGAGGCAUGGACCCUUGCUUCAGGUUUGGAGGAAAGUAGACUAAAUACAGAGAUGCCAGACAGCCACUGAGACCCAUGGACAAUCCUGCACUCACGCUGAUCUGUCGAACUUUAAAAGUUCCUAGUAAUAUGCAACCUUUGCCAAACGAAAAGAAACUGAUGCCAAGAAGGCAUACUCUUCAAUAUUGGGAAUAGACGUGCUCUCAGGACAAUGGCUUCGAAGGUCUCCUGUUUGUACGUUUUGACCGUGGUGUGCUGGGCCAGCGCUCUCUGGUACUUGAGCGUAACUCGCCCUACUUCCUCCUACACGGGCUCCAAGCCAUUCAGCCAUCUGACGGUUGCAAGGAAAAACUUCACCUUUGGCAACAUAAGAACUCGACCUAUAAACCCCCAUUCUUUUGAAUUUCUGAUAAACGAGCCCACCAAAUGUGAGAAAAACAUUCCUUUCCUUGUCAUCCUCAUCAGCACCACCCAUAAAGAGUUCGAUGCCCGCCAGGCGAUCCGAGAGACCUGGGGGGACGAGAACAACUUCAAAGGGAUCAAGAUAGCCACCCUGUUCCUCCUGGGCAAGAACGCCGAUCCCGUUCUCAACCAGAUGGUGGAGCAAGAGAGCCAAAUCUUUCACGACAUCAUCGUGGAGGACUUCAUUGAUUCCUACCAUAACCUUACCCUCAAAACCUUGAUGGGGAUGAGAUGGGUGGCCACUUUUUGUGCGAAAGCCAAGUAUGUCAUGAAAACAGACAGCGACAUUUUUGUCAACAUGGACAACCUUAUUUACAAACUCUUAAAACCCUCCACCAAGCCACGAAGAAGGUAUUUUACCGGCUAUGUCAUCAACGGAGGGCCCAUCCGAGAUGUCCGCAGUAAGUGGUAUAUGCCCAGGGAUUUGUACCCUGACAGCAACUACCCGCCCUUCUGCUCGGGGACCGGCUAUAUCUUUUCAGCUGAUGUGGCUGAGCUCAUUUACAAGACCUCACUCCACACCAGGCUGCUUCACCUGGAGGAUGUGUAUGUGGGACUGUGUCUUCGAAAGCUGGGCAUCCAUCCUUUCCAGAACAGUGGCUUCAAUCACUGGAAAAUGGCCUAUAGUUUGUGUAGGUACCGCCGAGUGAUCACCGUGCAUCAGAUCUCUCCAGAAGAAAUGCACAGAAUCUGGAAUGACAUGUCAAGCAAGAAACAUCUCAGAUGUUAGGAUUUUUACCAAUGUAAAUAUGUGUUUCUUUUCUUUUUUAAGAGAUGAGGCUUAGGGUGUAGGUAUUUUACGGUGUCACCAAGGGAAAUGAACUGGUGAAGGGGUUUAUAAAAAGUAUUUUUCUUCCCAAUCCUAGUUCCUUUUUUGAAUCGCCAAUUUCCACAUGUUAAGCUAUGCUCAUAGAAAUAAUACAUGGGUUUACAAGGCCAGAUUUCAUUCUCAGGUCCUAAGGUACUGCAUUCAUCUCAAAAAGCAACUUCCUAACAAAGGCUAGGAUUUACAUACUGUGCAUCUGAGAUAAAAAAAAAAAAAUCUGGUUCUGGGAAACUGGAACUCAUUGUAAUGUCUUCAUAUUCUUUCUGCAAAAGUAAAUAACACUUAAUCAAAAACAAUUCAGAAACAGCACAGUCAGGGAGACACACUGGAUGUGAUGAUUCAUACUGCAUGUGGUGUUACGUUGAACUUUUACAUAUAUUGCCAUGGAAUGUGUACAGUAUUUCCAGUUCCACCAAGAAAUGAACUUAGUACUGGUAGGGAGGCUGCAGUUAAGUAAAAUGGAAAUUUAUACUUGAGAAUCAAAUAUUCUCUCUGUUUGGAAGACAACUCUGCUUGCUGAUCCAAGGAUUAAACCUGGUCAGCAGGUAGAAUGUAUAUAAAAUGCUACUUAAUAAAUAAACAGGAGAUUUGUUUUUGCUCUUUCAGAACAAACAUUACCUGGUGCCUCCAAGGAGACUUUGCCAAAUGUAAUUUCACCUGCUUCCUUCCGUACAAUGUCACUAAAUACCUUUUACAGUUUCUGGUUCAGACAGGCACAUGUGUAGAAAUGUCGGUAGGAGGCCAGAAGGAUGAUAAAUGACACAGAGAAAAAAUAGAAAUUUACAUGUGCAUUAUAAUUAGCAUGAGCUUAGCACUGGUGUCAAAUGCCCCUUCCAUACAUUUGCAAAGCUCAUGAAAAAAUAUUUGAAGAAGGAGCAAUGUUACUGAAGGCUUUAGGUCUAGUGUUGAUAGAUGCAAUCUCUUUAACAUCCGAUACAUUCAAGUAUCUCUAACAGCAAUGCUGUUCAGGGGUAUUCUGGAAGCUCUGUGAUUGAGGAUUAUGGGAAGGAAGGGUGGGGAAGCUUGAGUUCAGGUUCUAUGGCGGCCAUCAUGUGAAUCAUGUAAGCCUGCAACCUCACUUUGCUGUGCUUCCAUACGCUCAUUUAUAAAACAGCUGGAAAAAACACCUACCUUACAGGUGCUGUGAGAGCAAAUUGCAUUUGCUAAAUUUUUGGGGAUCCUUAGUUUUAAAGGUGCUACUUAAAGCAGUGUAUCAUGCAUUAUGCUAAAUGUUAAAAUAACUACAUAAUUGCCAUGAUGGUCAUCAGUAGUAGUAACAUCAUUGUAGUAUAAUAUCUGCCAAAAUACAGAUCAAAUAUAACUAUUAGUGCACCUGAUUCUUCUAAGACUGACUUUUCCUUGAAUAUGUUAGGUGCUUGGGAAGGCUUCGAUUUCUCUGUCAUUUCUUCUGGUUUCAAUGAAUAAGUUAUUACUUCAGUGCAUUGCCUUGAUAUCCCAGGAUGCUGACAGGAAAGGCAGCUGCCUUUCUUAAGGGAGGAGCCUCUGGCUGUGGGUACAUUACAGUCACUGAAGCACACGCUUUGCAAAAUGUAUCACAUCCAGUUAGAUCUCGGGAAACAUUUGGUCUGGGUUCUCAGUAAGAACUUUGAAGCCUGGCAGAGGUAGUCCACCUCUGGCAGAAGAAUAGACACUCAGCAAAUCCACACAUUGCACAUUUCCAGCACUCAUUAGAAAACUUCUGUUUGCUUCCAUUCAAAGAAAGCGCCACAACUGAAAGAGUAUACCUUUUUUUUAAACCUGCCCUUUGCAAGCCCCUCUAGGAGUUGAUAGCAAAUAAGCAGAUGAAAUGUACAAAUGGAAAUCAAGGCUUAUUUCUUGAAAACACUGAAUCUCUCGUCUCCAGCCCAAGAGAACCUAAUAGGAGACAGACCUUCCUGUCCCUUAAUACAUCUUCAUCUCAAGUCAGCAGGACCGCUGAGUUUGAUUAGAUAAUAACAUUAGGUAGCCUGGAGAAAAAUGGAUCAGCACAAGGCGAGCCACCCUCAAACCUCCAACUCGCAACUGCUGUGAGUUCCAAUCGCUGGAAAAGUCUCACAACUCUGAACUUAGUUUGCCUGUCCAUCAUGUAGUCGAAUCAAGGCCCAGUCUUAUGCCAACGUCUUGCGUUUACCUUGUGCUCAGUCGAGCCACCUUCAGUGUCAAGGAACUGCACAUUAUAAACAUCACAUGUAUACAUCUGUGGGUCACUUAUAAGUGUGUGUGAGUACAUUAUGAAUAGAGCCCUAGUCUUGAAAAGGAGCAAAAGUCGAGAAUCAUGUCUUAAAGAACUAUUUCCUAACUUUUUUAUGCUAAGUAAUACCCAUGUGACAAACAUGUAAAUAUUCAUCAAAAACCAUAUGUAUAUAUUUUUAAAGGCAUUUUUUUUUUCUUCUUCCCAGCUGUAUGUAUUGCUAGAAUCUGCUUGCUAUGUACAUUUCCUUCUGCAUGGAACUUGGUGAGGCAAGGUCAUUUGUCCAGUUUCAAUAGCCUAAAGCAUGGUUGCCCUUUGUUUUUUGAAUGUUCCAAAAAUGUUUAAAUCAAGUGAUCGGGAAAAAGCUCUAAUUUUCUACUUUUGCUAAUUUUAUGACACUGGCCAAAUUAGUAUUAGUUAACAAAUCAAUGAUUUGUUAAGCCAUUUUUAAACUUAUUAUUAUUUCUUUGACAUAAAAUAGUGUUUCAGACAGCAUUUUACCAGAAGUCAAUUCAGACAAUUUUAGGAAAACCUUCUGACUGUCCCCCCACUUGUUUUGUUCAUUAUGCAUCAGAUAACAAAAGAUAUCAAUACUUCAUGUCUAUACUCUUAAAUUUUCAUUAAAAAUUUUUUUUGGGGGGGAAAAGUCUGUCUUUGGUGGCUAGUUUGCGUGGCUUUGUGUCUUCUUAUAUUGGAGCAAAUGUCAGUUUCAAUAUAUAUUAUUGUAUUUUUAAAAAUCAAAAUCAAAAAAUGAAGAUAAUUUUCAAUUUGAAAUAAAUUCAGAAGAACAAAACCCCUUUGUGUGACAUGACAUGGGGAAAAGAAACUCUUUACAGAGAAGCUAAGGAAGGAGUUUUUCAAUCAAAUUUCUUCUAUUAAAAGACUGAAAUAUUUCCAUAAAACAUCUGGGAUUCAUUUUCUACCUUUCCUAAUAUGUGGGUUUAGGGGGGAAUUGAUUAUGUAAUUUCUUCUGUAAAGGUGAAGAUAGUUUUUAUAAGCAACAAAGUAACUUGUGAAUGAAAGAAGUAAUUUACUAGAAACGCUUGUUGAUGAUAAUUGACAUUUAGGUACGUCGUUAUAUAUGAAUGAUUGUAUUUAUGUAUUUAUUUGUCAAAAUUGUACAUACUGUUUCACCAAAUGUAAUUGUCUGUAAAAGUGCACUCUCCAGUUUUGUAGUACAACUUAGGGUUACAUGGGUUGCCAAUCAAGCUGCUAAUCAGAAUACUAUUUUUUGUAUCAGUGUUAUAAAACUGAAAAAUAGAUGCUGAAAAUGUCUUUACAUUCAGUUUCUUCACCUUCCUUAUGAAAUGUAAAUUGUUGAUUGAGAGCACGAUGCUAAUGUAUAAGCCCAUCUGUCAUGAGGAAGAUUAUGGCUCCAUAAAGCUGAUUUUUUAAACCAUGGGGACAAAUAAACAGAAGCAGAACAGAC